AUGCCCAUGCAAAGGACAUUCACGAUUAUCCCAAAUGCCCCCGCCCCCCAGCCAGCCCAACAUGUUCGGCCCAUGACGACAAAACAAGUGCGCAAGGCCUACAAGGCAUCAACAAAGACCCCGCCCAUGUCCCGCGCUGAACGCUUAAAGCAAGACAGAGCCGAGCAGGAGAGGAUACGGAAAGAAUUCGAAAGGGAAAAGGCCGCGGCAAAAGCAAAGAUCGCGCGAGAAAAGAAGCGCGAGAAGGAGUUGGCCGAGCGGGAGCACAAGAAAAAGCUCGGCAUGCCGCUGGUGGACGUGCGCCCCAGCCAAAGUACGAUUGCGAGAUUUGUCAGAGGCAACGGCUCUGGGAAGAAGAGGGAUUCCGGGGGCGGGACUCUGGAGGAAGCCGGGAAAGGGGGUGAUGACGUGGAGGAUAAGGAAACCGGACAGGAGCAGGCGCACAGGUUGAAUCACGACAGACCCGAGCUGGAUUUAAUACCGGAAGAAGACGACAGCGAACUGGCGGAGAUUUUGGACACGAUGACGAAUAGUACUAGCAAAGGGACUGCGCAAAAGGGACCUGACAUGGAGGAGAACGCAGAACCACCAGAGAACCAUGCUCUGGAACAAGACAACCCGCCGACGACACCGCCUCCUCACAAACAGCCAAGUCGGAAGCCAAAAACCCCCCCGGGGCCCCUGGGAGAAAUGAAGCCUCCCCCUCGCCCGUAUCAAGCGAAACCACAGAGGCCCGUCCACUCGCCACCGCCAGUCAUCCAGCAACCGCCAAUGAGCACACAAGCCAUCCUUGGCAACCUGGACGAUUUCUUCCCUUCAUCAUCCCAGCAGGCACUCGAGCUCCAAGACGAGACCCUCGACGCCAUGCCCGGCGACUGGCUCAGCGACAUGGAAACCCCAGCUCCGCAGCAGCAGGAUCAAGCACCGCCGCCACCCAAGCGAUUCUUCACGCCGUCCGGCUCAGACGAACUCGUGUCCCUAGCCAUACAGCGGAGUAAACGCACCGCAGCGGUAGAGCAACUAAAGGACCAAGAAAUCGCGCAGGCGCAUCAUACCAAGGAAAUGGCAACUUGUAAACGACCCGGCUAUUCAACAACAAAUACAACCUUGCCGCAGAAGCGUGUCGACAGCAUCACAAAAUCAAGUCCUUCAUUCGGAGAGGACAAGGAGAAUAUAUGCAUAUGCGAUAUGAGUGGCUCGCAAGAGACAGAAUAUGGAGGUGAUUGGAUGGACGACCUGGCGUUAGAUUUCAUCAUUUAG